CGCUUUCUCCCUCGCUGGUGGUACAGAACUGAUCGACUGCUGGAGUAGAUAGAGUUAUCAUCGGUUUUAUCUGUCAAGCUUCUCUUUCGGCGUAGCGAUGACCUCCAGUACCGACCCGCCAGCCCGCCCUCCGCCGACGCCAACAUAGACUGUCCCGUCGUCAAACUUGAAAACAAAGCAAACGCAGUGUGCCUAGAUUAGAGAGUGUUUCCAACUGGUCCAUUGGAAUCACGUGGUUGAUAGCCGCGUGUGUAAUAUGAGCUGCGAGAAUGUAGUGAAAGCGUCCCGUCGAUUGUUUGCAAGUGCCUCAGCUUUGCUCCGUUCGCUAUCCUUCUCGUCAUGUUACAGCACAUGCAUUCGCACAUCCAAUGUACGUGAGAAGCAGCCGCCAUUAGACUGCAAAAGUUUUCCAUGGUGUGAGUUGCUUCGUCUCUUAAAUUUAUAGGCUCUCUGAGAGCACGUAGCGUCACAAGGCUGCUCGAGACUGACUUGGAUGGAACGAGGAUUGUUUCUUCUUGUCCGCAUGACAAUUCGCCGCCGCAUUGCACAGUAACUCUCGAAUCACGUGUGAGGGUUGUUUCGGGAGUGGGGCUGGAACGGCGGAGCCGAAUUCACCUAAAACAAGCUCUUCCCUGGAAUAAUAGAGGCGAAUCAAGAGGGACUGCAGGAAGUGCUUGAACCGGCAAAGAUAUGAAACGGCGCAGAACCGGCCCACACCCGAGGACGUGAGCGGCUGAGCAGUCCUUGACCUAUCCGAGGUGUCUCAAGACUCAAGGGGGCGAAGUGGACCAUGUCGGUGAGGAAGGACCUCCCCGAACUUCGGCUGGUCGUGGUGGGCGACAGUCAGUGCGGCAAGACAGGACUCCUGAGCACCUUCGUCUACGACCUGUUUCCCACGACCCACGUGGCCACCACCUUGGAUAACCAUGCCACGCUCAUCAAGUGGCGCCGGCAAAUGGUCCGGCUUUCGCUGUGGGACACUGCCGGGAGCAGCGAGUACGACUCCCUGCGGCCGCUGGCCUACCCGCAGGCCAGCGCCGUGCUCGUCUGCUUCGCGCUGGACGACCGGGACAGCCUGAUCAACGUGGAGCAGAAGUGGGUGCCCGAGGUUCGACGGCGCCUGCCCCGUGUGCCCAUCGUCCUCGUUGGAAACAAGCGGGACCUGCGAGAGCACCGGGCACCCUCGUACCAGCUCAACCCGUGCCGCGGGCCUCUCAUCACAACACUGCAAGGCAAGAUGAUUGCCGAACACAUCAGGGCCUCCGCCUACGUCGAGUGCUCUGCCAUCAUGCAGCAAGGUCUGGACCAAGUCUUGGAGGCUGCCGUCACAGCCGCCAUCGGAACCACCGAGCAGGGACCAAAAAAGUCGUCGUCAUCAAAGUGCCCCUGCUGUUCCAUCUUGUAAAUACUCAAAUGCCACAGGAAAUAAUAAAGCAAGAAGUUUGUUUUAUAUGCACAAUUUUUUAUAAAAUAAAAAGAUUUACACGAAAAGAAGAAAAAAAAAAAAAAAAAAAAAAAAAAACCCCUCAGAAUGCAAAGUUUUAAUUUUAGAGAUUUAUUUUCUUUGCAGGCACCAAAAAA